GAAUUGGAGAAGGUCAAUCAACCUCUAGGCCACCGCUUUUUGAUGGCACCAACUACACAUAUUGGAAAGAGCGGAUGAGAAUUUAUAUCCGCUCAACCAACUUCCAGUUGUGGUUGGUCAUCAAAAACAGCGAAGAAACGCCAACGAAGAAGGUCGAUGAAAAACUCGUCCCAAAGACCGAAGACGAAUUUGAUGCCGAAGACAUCAAAAAGGUGGAGAACUACGCCAAGGCAAUCAACAUGCUGUACUGUGCGGUCAAUCCUGAUGAUUAUCGCAAGAUCUUAUGCUGCACCACUGCAAAAGACAUGUGGGACAAGCUGGAAGUCACAUAUGAAGGUACAGACCAAGUUCGGGAAGCCAAAAUUGACUUCCUAACGCAGGAGUACGAGAUGUUCAGGAUGAAGGAAGGUGAAAAGAUCGAUGACAUGUUCGAUCGGUUCUCAAAGAUCAUCAACGACCUUCACGCUCUCAAGAAGACGUACGCCAACAAGGACCUUGUGAGGAAAAUCCUCCGGAGUCUCACACCCGAAUGGAGAUCAAAGGCUGACGCAAUCUACGAAUCCAUCGGAGUCUCCAAUGUCACCAUCGACGGGCUAAGAGGUAACCUCAAAACUUAUGAAUCUACUAUUCUAACCCUGUAUUUGGAUGAACAAAAGAAGAAGGGAAUAGCACUGAAAGCAACCAAGGAGACCGUGGAAGAAGACUCAAGCGAUGAUGACAACGAGUUCAGACUCGUCAUCAAGAAAUUCCACAAAUUUAUGAAGAAGGAAUUUGAGCGCAAAGGAAGAAAGCACAACAGUCCCCCGAAGUGCUAUGGCUGUGGUGAGAUAGGCCACAUCAAGCCGAGGUGUCCAAAAGGCAAAAGCGGCAAGGACAAACCUGGCUUCAAAAGGCAACGCGCCUACAUCUCAUGGUGUGGCGACUCUGGGGAUGAGUCAACGGAUCAAGAAGAGGAAGAAGCGGCCAACCUCUGUUUCAUGGCACACGAAGACCACGUCAACGAAGUACAAGAG